AUGAGCAAACAAAUAGCCAAAACCACUGAAGUUAUGAUGCGAAUGAAUGAGCUUCAAGCUCAGAAACUUGCAUUAGAGGCAAGGUUGGCGGAUGACAAACUUAUGUGCAUCGAUCUAAACUCUAUCAUUGAUCCUGUGUGGUAUGAGUUCAUAAAAAAAAGAGAAAAUUCGAAUAGAGAGAGAGAGAGAGCGCAACCCCAGGUUCAUAUGUCUGGACAAGGAUCAGAAUUCGUAGCAUCUCAAUAUCGAGUAUCUCAACAUCAACAAUUUGGAGGAGCUCAAGACCAACCCGAAGGAUCUCAGAAUGUAGCAGAAAGUUUUAGUCAGUUUAUGCCUAGCGGAGACGAUUGGACCCUUUAA